CUAAAAUAAAAAUGGCGACGCACAGGCAGAACACAGAGCCUAUGGCGUCAGACGUGGUAAAGAAGAUUAAAGCGGCUUUUGAAGCUUUUGACUACAAAGCUAACAACACUGUGGAUGUUAGAGAGAUUGGUACUAUUAUCUUUUCCCUGGGCUGCUUCCCCUAUCAAGCAGAUCUCCACGAUUUCAUAGCACAGGUAGAGGAGGACCACACUGGGUACGUCCAUCUGGAGAAAUUUCUUCCUGUCAUGACAAAAGUUUUACUAGAGAAAAAGUUCCCUCCAGUCCCCGAGGAUAGACUUCUUCAAGCUUUUAAGGUUUUGGACAAAGAGAAGAAAGGUUAUUUGGAACCAGAAGAGCUGACUAAAUAUAUGACGCAGCAAGGUGAGAUAUUUACUCAGGAGGAAAUGGAUGAGAUGUUGACAGCUCUCACUGACCAAAAGAACAAUGUCAUCUAUUACAAAGACCUGAUUGAUGAACUAGCUAUUGACAGUGACAUAUAGUUUUUGUGUAAUAUAACCAACUAGGUGUAUUUUUUUGUUUUUGUUUUGUUAAACUUUUUUUUUUAACAAACCUUUCACUAUUUGUGU